AUGUCCUCGGAAGAGAAGAGAAAGAAACUCGAUGAGCGUAAUUCGUAUUACAUUCAGGUCAAGGCCAUUGAUCCGGAUCGCAAUAUUAAGAAGCUGCGAAAAAUAUUCGGUGUCUCACAUACCAUACAGAAGCAGACUUUGCGUCGUCUCAGUGUAACCGAUCAGGAAAAAGAAGAAUUGGAACGUAAACGACUGCAAAAUUUAAAGGAGCUGAGGCAGCAGCGCAUCUCAUCGUUGGGUGCAAAUCAUCGCUAUAUUUUGGAAAUUGUUGCAGACCUAAUGGGAGCUAUGGAAACAGAUGAAAUUAUAGCUGGUGUGGUGGAUGAUCCGGGAUUUGUUGAUUUACUCUCUUCGCUCUGCGAGAAAAACGGAAUGCGUGCAUGCAUGAUAAGCUAUGCUGCCAUGACGGGAUAUCCUCCGGAUUCUGGUCGAUAUGUGGAAAGUAUGAAACGACAAAGCGUAUAUCGUGCCAUAGUUCAACGAAGUGACGAUGUUCGAUUAUUCGGCAAAUGGGUUAUUCUGUAUCGCAACAAUAAAACCAAAUCAAUUGAUAAUCGUACAAUAUCGGAGGAUAUAUCAUUUAUAUCGUGGAAAUCCGAACAAGCCGAUAAUUGUUUAUUUAUCAUUAAGAAUUUCAUAGAUCGCAUUCUCCUAAAAUCGGUUGAAAAUUUCACCGAAUUUGGCUAUGCUGAAUUUGAACAGAAACGUAAAUUUUUCCACAUCCUAAAUAUGUACAAUGCCUUUUUGAAAUCAUCGGAAGCCACUGUAUCCAGUCGGGUCAAUUUCGAAGUGUCACAUGAGCUUUUCAAAGGUUUCCUAUUGGUGAAAUUUCAAAUUGAAGCCAGUUCAAAGGAUGUCAAUCGGGUGAGGCUCGUAGAGAAAUAUUUUAAUUUAUGGAUGCGUCAAAUACAGGGAAUUCAGGUGGAGGGUAAACAAAUCCAAAGAGAUAGUCCCGACGUGGGACCGCUACAAAUGUUGGUUCUGUGGCGUCGUAUGUUGGCCCGUUAUACCUCAAUUAAGGAAUUUGUUUCCUCGCAGGCUUUCAAUAAUCACAAACAAUGUUUGACAUUGUCAAGGUCAUCGAAGCUAUUGAAGAAAUGGUCGGAAAUUGACAAUCAAGUGACUUUGGUCUUAAACGAAGCCAAAGAUAAUGUUAGAUAUAUAACUUCGCUACAAAAGUGCUGGGAUCCUUUAUACAGAUCAUCUCCCGAUGAAAUAAUUAGCAGUCUACCUGGUCUAUUGAUAGCGAUACGCAAUGUUUCCAAGGCGGCCCAUUACUUCAAUACACCAAGCAAUGUAACGGGUCUCUUUGUGAAAAUCUCCAAUCAAUUGACAAUAGUUAGUAAAAACUUUCUAACCGAUAAUGGACAGAAAUGUCGAAAAAUUAUCGAAGUCUACAAGGAUCAAUAUCAUACGACAUGUCGUGAUAUGGCCGAGGCGGAUGAGAAACCAUGGAUAAUAUCAUCGGUUUAUAUUUUUACUUGUCUAGAGAAAUUUCUGGAACGUUUGGAUAAGAUUAAAUCGAUUUGCAUUACCGAAAUAACCUAUACCGUGUUCGAUCGUAUACGCAUUAGCGGCAUGGAGAAAUUCAAUGCGAUAAUAAAAAAUGCCAAAGCGGUGAUUAGUUCCAAACCCUAUGAUCCAUUAAAUUAUCGCAGCGAUACAUUCGACAAGGACUACGAACGUUUCGUGAAAGAUGUCGAAAAGGCCGAAGUCGGCAUGCAACAGUUCGUAAAGCAACAAAUAACGAAUGUGCCAACAGCCGAAUCGGUUUUGUUGAUAUUACAGCGAUUUGAACGGCUGAACUUGGAAUGUUUGUGUUUGGAUCGUCGUUAUUUGGAAGUCUGUGAAAUGCUGGAAAAGGAAAUGUUCCAGCUGAAAGAUGUCUACAACGAGGAACGCGGAGAUCCAUAUGUUUCCCGUAACUUACCACCCGUCGCCGGACGUAUUAUGUGGAUACGUUCGUUAUUCCAAAAAAUCGAUAUACCCAUGAAAGCUUUAAAGGAGCGCACCUGUGUUUUGGCCAACAAAAAAGCUCAACGUGUUGUCCGAUAUUAUAAUUAUAUCAAUGGCAUAAUCUGCCAUUAUGAAAUGACAUAUCACAAGGCAUGGUUCGAUUACGCCGAAGAAGUUCGUUGCCUGUUGAAUUCACCGAUUUUAAAUUGUAAUAAAGAUGCUGCCAUAUAUACGGUGAAUUUAGAUCCAGCCAUAAGGCAGUUGAUAAAAGAGACGGAAUGGAUGUGGAAAUUGAAGUUGGAGGUGCCAAAUAUUGCCUCUGUCGUUACCUAUUGUAAGGAGAUUAUAUUGAGACCUGCAGAAUCUCUGAAAAAUGCCAUACAGCAAUUUGAUAAAUUGCGCCGCAGUAUUACGCCAGUCUUCAUCAACAUAAUGCGUUUUCGUUUAAAGGAGAUAUCGGUUUUGCUGAAACCGGGUCUGUCGACCAUAACAUGGCUAUCGGAAAAUUUAGAAGAUUUUGUGAGAGGUGUGGAGGAGAAAAUCAAUGAAGUAUCGACAUUUUAUCAAACUAUUCUGAACAUCGAUUCCAUUCGGAUAAUGAAUGAAAUGAAAUCCCUGCAACAAUAUAUGUAUAUGUACACCCCCACAACGGGACCUGUAUCCUCUGAAAAAUUCUAUGAAAACUGUAAUAGCUUACGUUUGGAAAUCGAAAAGGAAUUGGAAAAGAAAUCUGUGUGUAUGGAACGAGCCGUUAUCGAUUUGUGUAAUAUGUUUGUAGAGUUAUUGGAUUUCGGGCCAUUGGAUUCGAAAGGACGAAGGGUUUUCCAAUUACCACCAGAUAAAAUUAACGAUUCAAAUUGGCGUGAGGAGGGUGUUAUGCCCAUCGACAAAUGGGAUUGGAUACAAUUUCAGAAAAUCUAUCGUACAAUCUAUUUGGUACCCGAUGACAUUCUGAAAACUUUGCAAUUUAAAAAUUACGAAAAUAUCCGUUAUGAGUUGCAUCAUUUGCGUAACGAUUGCAUGGAUUUGUUUUCGUAUUAUAAUUCGAAAAUGAUUCUAGCGCUGGUGGGAUGUUCGAAACGUUCGUUGGACUAUGUGCGUCAGACGAUUUUGAGAACUAAUUGGCGCACCGAUUUGCGACCUCCUAUUCUCUAUACGGAACUUGAAAUAUAUUUGGAAUCCUCUUGUAGCAUCGUUCCAAAUCUAGAAGUGAUGCAAGCUGAUUUUCAUCGUUCUGUUUUAAAUUGUACGGAAAUUAAUUAUUUUGUUACCACCUGGGGAAAACAGGCAAAGACCCACGAGAGAAGACAGCGUCGGGUUACUGUGGAUGAAAAUCGCUACGAACGUAACUACUUCCGUUAUGUCAUCGAACAAAAGGAAAUUGUGAGAGCGAUAACAAAUCUUGCCAAUGGCCUAAUGAUGUUCAAACCUAACAUCGAUGAAUUCCUAAAGGAAAUAUUCAAUAAACACAAAUAUCUUUGGUCCGCAGAGAGGGAAGCCAUUAUCGAAAAGUUUGUCAAUACAAAUCCUCUUACCGUCGAUAUACGCGAUAAAUUUAUAUAUUACGAUGAAAUAACGGAACAUCUGGAAAAUGCCAUACCACGGCAUGUUAUCGGGCCCAUUGAAAUUCGAAUGGAGAAAGCCUAUGAAAAAUUCGUCGAAGAAUCGAAAAAAUGGAAAAUGUGUUUGGGCCAGCUGCUCAGUGCCCGCUACAAGAAACAAUUAGAUGAAAUGGUUGAUUUCAUUUCGGAACAGGAAAACAUCCUAGGGAAGCCGAUUAACGAUUUGGAUGAUGUCCGUUUGGCAAUGUUGUGUUUGGAAAAGAUUCGUGAUAAUUUUAUUGAAAUGGAUAUGCAUUUGGGUGUUAUUAUUGAUGCCUAUGGUCUAUUUUCCCAAUAUAAUAUUUAUAUACCUCGAGAUGAUUACGAUAAGGUGGAUAGUUUACAGUUGUCCUUUAAUCGUAUGCUGAAUAACACCAAAAACGUUUCAAAUCGCAUUGCCGAAAUGGAAGGACCUCUCCUUCUCGAGUUGACCAAUGGCAUUGCCGAAUUUGUACAAGAAUUCGAACAAUUCAAUAUCGAUUUUGAAGCCAAUGGACCCAUGGUUGAUGGCAUCUCGGCCAAAGAGGCCAGUGAUCGGGUGUUUCUCUUUCAAAAUCGUUUCGACGAACUUUGGCGUAAAUAUGAAAUGUACAAUAGCGGUGAGAAGUUAUUCGGUUUACCCGUCACCGAAUAUCCGCUGCUGCAUCAGAGAAAACGAGAAUUCAAUUAUCUCAAUCGUUUGUAUUCGUUGUACAUUCAAGUGUUGAAGACGAUUGCCGAUUAUUAUGAAAUGCCAUGGGCCGAGGUGGAUAUUGAAAAAAUAUCUACAGAUUUGGCAGAUUUCCAAGUACGCUGUCGAAAAUUACCCAAAGGAAUGCAAACAUGGCCCGCCUAUAUUGUGUUGAAAACGAAAAUUGAUGAUUUCAAUGAAACAUGUCCGCUGCUGGAGCUAAUGACCAAUAAGGCCAUGAAGGAGAGACAUUGGGUUCGUUUGAAUGCCCUUCUGAAAAGUGAUUUUGAUCCGACGAGUUUUAAAUUUACCUUGGGCAAACUGCUGGAGGCCCCCAUCCUCCAGAACAAAGAGGAUGUGGAGGAUAUUUGUGUGGGUGCCGGCAAAGAAUUGGACAUUGAGGCUAAGCUGAAGCAGGUCAUCAUUGAUUGGUCGGUGGUAAAUAUCCAAUUGGGUAUGUUUAAAAAUCGCGGUGAAUUGGUGCUGAAGGGUGGUGAAACUCUGGAUAUUAUUGCUGCUUUGGAGGAUAGUAUUAUGGUUAUGAACUCGCUGUCAUCGAAUCGUUACAAUGCCCCCUUCAAGAAGGACAUACAAUUGUGGCUGAGCAAAUUGGUCAACACUGGGGAGAUAUUGGAAAAAUGGUUAAUGGUCCAGAAUUUAUGGAUUUAUUUGGAGGCCGUAUUUGUGGGUGGUGACAUUGCCAAACAGCUGCCGAUGGAGGCAAAACGUUUCACAAAUAUCGAUAAGAAUUAUGUCAAGAUAAUGUAUAGGGCAAGGGAGAUUCCGAAUGCGGUGGAAUGCUGCACGGCAGAUGAGAAUUUGGCAAAUACUUUGACAUGGUUAUUGGAUCAGCUGGAGACAUGUCAAAAAUCGCUGACAGGAUAUUUGGAAUCGAAAAGAUUGCUGUUUCCGCGUUUCUUUUUUGUAUCCGAUCCUGUGUUGUUGGAAAUAUUGGGACAAUCAUCUGACCCGACAUCGAUUCAGCAGCAUUUAUUGAGUAUAUUCGAUGCAGUGGCAUAUGUUGAUUUCCAAGGUGGCGAUACUAUUGUCGCCUUGAAUUCUUCAAAUCAUGAAAAAAUCGCUUUGGAAAACCCUGUGCAAUGUAUCGGCAGUGUUGAAAUCUGGUUAAAUCGUUUACUCAAGGAAAUGCAGGACACAAUGCGCACGGUACUGGCCGGGAUGGCAGUUAGUUUCAAUGACCCACAAUUUAAUUUUGCCGAAGAAUUUGCCUCAUUUUGUGGGCAGGCGGGUAUUAUUGGUGUACAGCUGUUGUGGACUCGAGAUGCUGAAUAUGCUCUGCGAAAAUGCCGAACCGAUAAGGGUAUUAUGAAAAGGACGAAUACGAAAUUUUUAAAUUUGUUAAAUCAUUUUAUUGAUUUGACGGUGAAAGAUUUGACACCCUUGGAUCGGAUACGUUUUGAGACCAUGGUGACCAUACAUGUACAUCAAAGAGACAUCUUCGAUGAUUUGUGUAACAUGCGCAUCAGGUCCGCUGGAGACUUUGAGUGGCAGAAACAGGCUCGUUUCUAUUAUAACGAUGAAAAUGAUGACAUCAUAGUUGGUAUUACCGAUGUCAAUUUUAUAUAUCAAAAUGAAUAUUUGGGGGUGACGGAGCGAUUGGCCAUAACUCCCCUAACAGAUCGUUGUUACAUUACACUGGCCCAGGCAAUCGGAAUGUCAAUGGGUGGUGCUCCAGCUGGACCUGCGGGUACUGGAAAAACCGAAACUACCAAAGAUAUGGGCAGAGCUUUGGGAAAACUGGUUGUGGUCUUCAAUUGCUCAGAUCAAAUGGAUUUUCGUGGUUUGGGUCGUAUCUAUAAAGGAUUAGCUCAGUCCGGUUCGUGGGGUUGUUUUGAUGAGUUCAAUCGUAUUGAAUUGCCUGUACUCUCAGUGGCGGCCCAGCAAAUUUACAUUGUGUUAACCGCUCGCAAAGAGAAACGUACUUCGUUCAUCUUCAGUGAUGGUGAUCUGGUAACACUGAAUCCCGAAUUUGGCCUGUUCAUCACCAUGAAUCCCGGCUAUGCUGGACGUCAGGAGCUACCGGAAAAUUUAAAAAUUAUGUUUCGUACUGUGGCCAUGAUGGUACCGGAUCGAGCCAUUAUCAUUCGAGUCAAAUUAGCCAGUUGUGGUUUUAAAGAGAAUUUAAUACUCUCACGAAAGUUUUUCACCCUGUACAAGCUGUGCGAGGAACAGCUAUCGAAACAGGUUCAUUAUGAUUUUGGUCUAAGGAAUAUUCUAUCAGUUCUGCGGACAUUGGGUGCCCAGAAACGUGCCAAUCCCAGUGAUACUGAGGAGACAAUUGUAAUGCGUGUCCUGCGUGACAUGAAUGUAUCCAAACUGAUCGAUGAAGAUGAGGGAUUGUUUUUAUCCCUCAUUGAAGAUAUGUUUCCUGGAAUAAAACUGACCACAGCUGCCCAUAAGGAUUUGCAGAGGGCCCUUAGCAAGGUGACCGAAGAUUUAGGUUAUGUAAAUAAUCCCGAAUGGAAUUUAAAAGUGGUACAACUUUAUGAAACUUCACUGGUACGACAUGGAUUGAUGUUAAUGGGCCCCACUGGAUCGGGUAAGACCAGUUGCACAAUUGCCAUGUUACGCUGCUUCACCGAAAUGGGUCAUCCCCAUAAGGAGAUGAGAAUGAAUCCGAAAGCUAUAACAGCACCACAAAUGUUUGGACGUUUAGAUGUGGCCACCAAUGAUUGGACGGAUGGUAUUUUUUCCACGCUGUGGAGACGAUCACUGAAAGUACCCAAACAUCAGAAUACAUGGAUUGUUUUGGAUGGUCCUGUGGAUGCGGUAUGGAUUGAAAAUUUAAAUUCAGUUUUGGAUGACAACAAAACACUGACACUAGCCAAUGGUGAUCGUAUUAAAAUGGCGGAGAAUUCGAAGUUGGUGUUUGAGCCGGACAAUGUGGAUAAUGCAUCACCGGCCACCGUAUCCAGGGUGGGUAUGACUUUUAUGAGUUCAUCGGUGUUGAGAUGGAAUGUUUAUAUGGAGGCCUGGGUCAGACGUCAACCUGCCUUUGAACAGGAUGUGUUUCGUCGCUGCUUUGGCGCCAUCUAUGAUGAGGCCCAUUUAUAUCUGCAGACGAAGCUAAUUGCAAAAAUGAAAAUCUUGGAAGCGAUUUAUAUAAAACAGCUCUUGGAAAUAUUGGAUGGCCUGUUAAGCGAUUGCCCUAACCGCUCGGAGAAGUUUUUAGAGCGUACCUUCCUCUUUGCCAUGAUGUGGACAUUGGGAGCGGUAUUGGAAAUUAAUGAACGUGACAAAUUGGAGGAGUUCUUCCUGAAACAUCCAUCGAAAUUGAAAUGGCCCAAAAAACAACCUGGUGAAACGGUCUUCGAAUAUUAUGUCGACGAAAGUGGCAAUUGGCAGCAUUGGAAUAAUCGUGUCGAACAAUUUAUAUAUCCGGAAGAUUCUAUCCCCGAAUUUUCAUCCAUUCUUGUCCCAAAUGUGGAUAAUGUUCGCACCGCCUUUCUCAUGCACAACAUAGCGAAGCAGAAGAAACAGGUCCUACUGAUCGGUGAACAGGGUACAGCUAAAACUGUAAUGAUCAAGGGAUAUAUGGCCAAUUACGAUCCGGAAUUUCAUUUAUCGAAAUCUUUUAAUUUUUCAUCGGCCACUACCCCGAAUAUGUAUCAGCGCAUCAUUGAAUCAUAUGUCGAGAAGAGAGUUGGUACAACCUAUGGCCCACCUGGCCAGAGAUCAAUGACAAUUUUCAUUGAUGACAUCAACAUGCCGGUGAUAAAUGCCUGGGGUGAUCAAAUUACCAAUGAAAUUGUGCGGCAAAUGAUAGAGCAGAGGGGUUUCUAUUCACUGGAUAAACCGGGCGACUUCUCGACAAUAUUGGACAUACAAAUACUGGCUGCCAUGAUUCAUCCGGGUGGUGGCCGUAAUGACAUCCCACAUCGUUUGAAACGACAUAUGGCCAUAUUUAAUUGUACUCUACCCAGUAAUAAUUCCAUGGAUCAAAUAUUUAGUCAAAUUGGUAGUGGUUACUUCUGCCCGGCGCGUUUCAAAGAAGAAGUUGUCGAAAUAAUUCCCCAAUUGGUCCCACUAACCCGAAUCUUUUGGCAGAAUGUCAAAGUGAAAAUGUUACCGACUCCCUCCAAUUUCCAUUACGUUUUCAAUUUACGUGAUUUAUCACGCAUUUGGGAGGGUAUGUUAAAGGUGGCCAGUGAAGAAUGUCAAACGGUCGGGAAUGUUUUGAAGUUGUGGCGUCAUGAAUGUACUCGGGUAAUUGCCGAUCGUUUUACGGAUUAUAAAGACACAGCAUGGUUUAUCGAUCGAAUGAAGAAAGAUGUUAAGGCGAAUUUAAGUGAAGAAUAUUGGGAGGAGUUUCCCGAGGAUGAGACAUUCUUUGUGGAUUUUCUAAGAGAUCCACCCGAUGCCCAGGAGGAUGAUGAGGAUAUAUCAUUGGAACCACCAAAGAUCUACGAAGAAAUUUUGAGCAUGGACCAAGUCAAGGAUCGUGUGCUGUGGUAUAUGGGCCAAUUCAAUGAAUACGUGCGCGGUUUUCAUAUGGAUAUGGUAUUUUUCCAUGACGCAUUGGUCCAUUUGAUAAUUGUAUCGCGUAUUUUGAGCAUGCCACGUGGUAAUGCCCUACUUGUGGGCGUUGGUGGUUCGGGCAAACAAAGUUUAACCCGUUUGGCUUCAUUUAUUGCGGGUUAUAAAUUUUUCCAAAUCACAUUGACUCGUGCAUAUAAUGCUGGCAAUUUGAUCGAUGAUUUGAAAUAUUUAUAUCGCACAGCAGGCCUGGAGGGUCAAGGCAUAACCUUCAUAUUUACCGAUAAUGAAAUAAAAGAUGAAGCGUUUUUGGAAUUCAUAAAUAAUAUUUUGAGUUCGGGUGAAAUUGCGAAUUUGUUUGCCAAGGAUGAAAUGGAUGAAAUUUACAACGAAAUUAUACCCAUAAUGAAAAAGAAGCAGCCUCGACGUCCACCAACACAGGAUAAUCUCUACGAUUUCUUUUUAUCAACUGCUCGGUCCAAUUUGCAUGUGGCCCUGUGUUUCUCACCGAUCGGUGAAAAGUUUCGUGCCCGUUCUCUGAAAUUCCCCGGCCUAAUAUCCGGUUGUGUCAUUGAUUGGUUCCAAAAAUGGCCAGAAGAUGCUCGGAUAGCUGUCUCUAGACAUUAUCUCGAAAACUUUGAAAUAGUUUGCUCACCAACUGUAAAGGAAAACGUAAUGGACAUCAUGAGCUGGAUUCACGAAAGUGUUUCCGAAACAUGUCUGUCGUAUUUUGAACGUUUUCGCCGUACCACUUUUGUUACACCCAAAUCGUUAAUUUCAUUUUUGGAAAGUUAUAAAAAACUCUACAAAGAUAAACAGGAAAAUAUUAUCGUGUUGGCGGAACGAAUGUCAUCGGGUUUGGAUAAGCUGGAUGAGGCAGGUGCUUCGGUGGCGGUGUUGAAAAAAGAUUUGGUGGAAAUGAAUAAGGUGAUUGUUGUGGCAACGGAAGAGGCUGAAGUGGUGUUGCAAAAUGUCGCCGAAUCGACGGCAGCUGCGGAAAUUGUUAAAGCCCAGGUGGCCGAAAAGAAGGGUCAGGCUGAAGCUUUGGUGAAAAUUAUUUCAGCUGAUAAAGAAGUUGCAGAAGCGAAGUUGGAAAAAGCCCGCCCGGCGUUGGAAGAAGCUGAGGCGGCAUUAAAGACCAUUAAAGCUGCCGACAUUGCCACAGUACGAAAAUUGGGUAAACCGCCAUAUUUAAUUACCCUUAUCAUGGAUUGUGUAUGCAUUUUGUUCCGCAAGCGCAUCAAAGCCAUUCGACCCGAUAUGGAAAAACAAUUCCUGCAAAGUUCUUGGGAAGAAUCGCUGAAGGUAAUGUCCGAUACGAGUUUCCUAAAGAAAAUUGUGGAAUAUCCGACGGAUAUUAUAAAUGCUGAAAUGGUCGAUUUGAUGUUGCCAUAUUUUAAUUAUAGCCUUUACACCUUUGAGGCUGCCAAAGUGGCCUGUGGCAAUGUGGCUGGCCUGCUGUCGUGGACCAUUGCCAUGGCCAAGUACUAUGAGGUAAACAAAGAAGUGUUACCGCUAAAAGCCAAUUUGGCAGUGCAGGCUGCCAAACAUGCAAAAGCUUCCAAUGAUUUGCGGGAAGCUGAGGAGCUUUUUGCUGCCAAGGAACGGGAGCUGGCCAAAGUUCAACAACAAUUCGAUGAGGCCAUUGCCAAGAAAAAUGCUGUACUGGAGGAGGCAAAGAAGUGCCAGGACAAAAUGGAUGCAGCCACGGCAUUGAUAAAUGGUUUAGCUGGCGAGAAGAUACGAUGGACAGAACAAAUUGCUCAGUUCAAGAGUGAAACAGAGCGAUUAGUUGGCGAUACCAUCAUGUUGACGGCCUUCUUGUCCUACACGGGGCCCUUUAAUCAGGAAUACCGCAACGAUCUGCAGGCUCAAUGGUUGAAACAAAUUAUGGAUCGGCUAAUACCGAUAUCGGGAAAUUUAAAUAUUAUUGAUAGUCUAACGGAUCGUACCCAAAUUGGGGAAUGGAAUUUGCAGGGUCUACCCACCGAUGAGUUGUCUAUACAGAAUGGUAUUAUUGCCACCAAGGCGGUACGAUUUCCUCUGCUGAUUGAUCCCCAGUCCCAGGGCAAAGCUUGGAUAAAGAACAAAGAAAAGGAAAACGGUCUGAUUGUCACCAAUUUAUCGCAUCGUUAUUUCCGAACCCAUAUAGAGGAUGCCGUUAGCAUGGGACUGCCGGUGAUAAUUGAAGAUGUGGCAGAAGAAUUGGAUCCAUGUUUGGAUAAUGUCUUGGAUCGCAAUCUACUAAAAGUCGGUACAACAUUCAAGAUCAAGUUGGGCGAUAAGGAAAUCGACUAUAAUGCCGCAUUUCGUUGUUACAUCACCACGAAGUUACCCAAUCCCUUGUAUUCCCCAGAGAUAUCGGCCCGUACAUCCAUUAUCGACUUUACUGUGACCAUGAAAGGCCUGGAAGAUCAGUUGUUGGGUCGAGUAAUUCUAACCGAACGCAAAGAGCUGGAAGAAGAGCGAACAAAUCUGGUGGAGACGGUAACAGGAAAUAUGAAGAAAAUGAAAGAAUUGGAAGCCAAUCUGCUGCAUAAACUCUCCACGACGCAAGGCAGCCUGCUGGAUGAUGUCACCGUGAUUGAGGUUUUGAAUACCAGUAAAAAUACCGCCAUAGAUGUCAAGGAGAAAUUGGACGUGGCCAAAAUCACGGAGGCAAAAAUUAACGUGGCUCGAGAAGAAUAUCGUCCGGUGGCCACUCGAGGAAGUGUACUCUAUUUCCUUGUCUGCUCCAUGGCCAAUGUCAAUAUGAUGUAUCAAACUUCGUUGGUACAAUUCCUGGAGAGAUUUGAUGCCAGUAUGCAUUUAUCGGCCAAGACCCAUAUUACCCAGAAGAGAAUCAAGCGAAUAAUCGAAUACUUGACCUUCGAGAUUUAUCGCUAUAAAUCCCGAGGCCUUUAUGAAAAGGAUAAAUUCCUAUUUGUCCUGUUGAUGGCCUUGAACAUCGAUCGUCAAAUGGAAAUCAUUAGCUAUGAAGAAUUUCAGAACUUCAUAAAGGGUGGGGCUGCCUUGAAUCUCAAUGAUUGUCCACCCGUUCCGUACAAAUGGAUUACCGAUGAAACUUGGCUGAAUUUGGUGCAACUAUCUAACUUGGCCGCCUUUUCUCAGGUCCUUAAUAAAAUUUCCAACAACGAGAGAUCCUGGUUCCAUUGGUAUAAAAAGGAAUGCCCCGAAAGUGAAGUUAUACCAGAUGGCUACAACAGCCUCGAUCCAUUCCGCCGUCUACUCCUCAUACGCUCCUGGUGUACAGAUCGCACCCUCUCACAGAGCAGACAAUAUAUUGGCCACUCGUUGGGAGAACGUUUUGCUGAACCCGUAGUUCUCAAUUUUGAUGGCCUUCUCUCGGAAAGUAAACCUUUAGUGCCGAUUAUAUGUUUCCUAUCGAUGGGUUCAGAUCCCUCCUCAAAUAUUGAGGCAUUGGCAAAGAAAAAUGAAUUGAAAUGUUAUCCCAUAUCAAUGGGCCAGGGCCAAGAGAUACAUUCCCGAAAAUUGGUAUCAAUGUGCCUGGCAGAAGGUGGUUGGGUUCUACUGCAAAAUUGCCAUCUGGGAUUGGAAUAUAUGCAUGAAUUGACUUUGCUUCUACUCGAUCUUGAGAGGGGUGAGGAGUCGGCCUAUCAUCCAGAUUUUCGUAUUUGGAUAACCACAGAACCACAUCCAGGAUUUUCCAUAACUCUGCUACAAAUGUCACUGAAAUUUACCAAUGAACCUCCUGCAGGGGUACGUGCCGGUCUCAAGCGUACCUAUGGCAAUUUAUCACAAGAUUUUCUUGAUUAUUCCCAAUCGGAAUUCUACCAUCCCCUCGUCUAUGCCAUUUCCUUUCUCCACUCGGUGGUACAAGAACGUCGUAAAUUUGGUCCACUCGGCUGGAAUAUACCCUAUGAAUUUAAUUCAGCCGAUUGGUAUGCCAGUUGUCUAUUCGUGCAAAAUCAUUUAGAUGACCUGGAACCGGGUAGGGGUAUUAGCUGGAACACCGUUCGCUAUAUGUUGGGUGAGGUACAAUAUGGUGGCCGUGUCACAGAUGAUUAUGAUAAACGGCUGCUGAACACGUUCGGUCGUGUUUGGUUCCAUGAUCAAUUGUUCGCGGAGACAUUUGAAUUCUUUAAGGGUUAUAAAAUACUUAGCUUUAAGGAACAGGAAGCGUAUUUGGCUGCCAUAGAAGAGUUGCCGAACAUCGAUCCGCCACAGGUUUAUGGUUUUCAUUCGAAUGCUGAAAUAACAUAUCAAACGAAUACGACGCGAUCGAUUUUGGAUACAAUUAUAUCAAUACAACCGAAGGAAUCCUCUGGCGGUGGCGGGGAGACUCGUGAGGAUAAAGUUGCACGACAAGUCCGAGAAAUGCAAAGCAAAGCUCCAAUGCCCUAUGAUCUGUUUGAGGUAAAGGAACGGCUUAGGGCAAUGGGUGCCUUAAGUUCAAUGAAUAUUUUCUUAAGGCAAGAAAUUGAUCGGAUGCAAAAGAUUAUCAUUUUGGUUCGCAGCACCCUAAAAGAUCUGCUUCUUGCCAUUGAGGGUACCAUUAUUAUGAGUGAACAGUUAAGAGAUGCUUUGGAUAAUAUUUUUAAUGCUCGUGUACCGGCCAUUUGGCAAAAAGGCAGUUGGGCAUCGUCGACAUUGGGUUUUUGGUUUACCGAAUUGUUGGAGAGAAAUGCCCAGUUUCAUGGCUGGUGUUUUGGGGCCCGUCCCGUUGUCUUUUGGAUGUCUGGGUUCUUUAAUCCACAAGGUUUUCUCACCGCCAUGAAACAAGAGGUGGCCAGAGCCCAUCAUGGCUGGGCCCUGGAUCAAGUCAGCAUGACAAAUGAAGUUUUGAAAAUCGGCAGCGAAGAAUGUAAGAAACCACCCAAGGAGGGUGUCUAUGUUCAUGGUUUGUAUUUGGAUGGUGCAGGUUGGGAUCGUAAAACAGCACGUCUGGUUGAAUCGACCAAUAAGGUUUUGUAUGUGCUAAUGCCCGUGGUUCAUAUAUCGGCUAUUAAUUCGACAGCUCCCAAAAGCCCAAAACUUUAUACGUGCCCGGUUUAUAAGAAAAUCAAUCGCACAGAUUUGAAUUAUAUAUCACCGUUGUGGCUGAACACCGUAAAACAUCCGGAUCAUUGGAUUUUAAGAGGUGUGGCACUGUUGUGCGAUAUUAAAUAAUGUUU